CAUUCCGCCAUGAUAACACCUCCACACCUUUCCUUUCUCUUCUUUACUCUUCAAUUUCACAUCACUUUCCUCUUUCAUUCAUAACUUUCUCACCCCAAAUUCAGAGUUUUACUCUCCUUACUCUACUAUCCAUGUAUAGAUUUGGUGAAUGAAUCCUUCAAAUUUCUUGCUUGAUUGUAGUUUUUUUCAUAUUUUACAGACACCCUUUUUUGAGUUAUUUUACAGAUUUGACAGACACCCAUUUCCGAAUUUGAUCUGAUUUUCAAACUGUAGUUAUGUUUAACACACCUUUUGUUCUGUCCUUUCUUCUUUUGUUAUCAUUCCCACUGAUUUUCAUUUUUGGCCCAAAAAUUCUCCAUCAGAAACACACUGAAAUCUCAAUUCCUGAUGAGGUUGAUGAUAUCGCUUUAUUUCGCCGUGCAACUCUUUAUUCCAUCGGCAAACGUGGUGGGGAUGGCGGGAUUAGGGCAGUUUCCCGGCUGGGUAUUACGAAUCCUCGCCGGAAAAUUGCUUUUCUGUUUCUGACGAACACAGAUCUCCAUUUCGCGCCUCUGUGGGAGCGAUUCUUCUCCGGUCAUGGAGAUUUGUACAAUAUUUACAUCCACGCAGAUCCAUCUUCUAAAGUUGCUUCACCUGGCGGUGUUUUCGAUGGACGGUUUAUUCCGGCGAAGAAAACCGAACGCGCCUCCCCUUCACUCAUCUCCGCCACUCGCCGACUUCUAGCCACGGCGAUUCUAGACGAUUCUAUGAAUUCCUAUUUCGCCGUUGUUUCUCAACACUGUAUUCCGCUUCACUCUUUCAAAUUAGUUUACAAAUCUCUCUUCAAAUCGACUCAUUCCCCGGUGCACCGGAGCUUCAUCGAGAUACUUUCCGGCGAGCCUCAGUUAUGGGAUCGGUAUGUCGCUAGAGGAGAAUCCGUCAUGCUACCUGAAGUCCCAUUCGAUCGGUUUCGGGUCGGGUCACAGUUCUUCAUGCUGACCCGAAACCAUGCCCGGUUAGUAAUACGAGACCGGAGGUUAUGGAGGAAGUUCAAAUUGCCUUGUUUGAACAAAGACUCAUGUUACCCGGAAGAGCAUUAUUUCCCGACCCUUUUGUCCAUGGAGGAUCCGGAUGGAUGUACCCAUUACACUCUCACUCGGGUCAAUUGGACCGGUAGUGUGGGUGGGCACCCGCAUACCUAUUACCCGAAUGAGAUCUCACCAGAGCUUAUUCACGAGCUUCGGGAAUCAAAUAACACGUAUUCACACAUGUUUGCGAGGAAAUUCUCACCGGAUUGUUUGAAGCCGUUGAUGGACAUAGCGGAUAAGGUCAUUUUCCGGAAGUAAAACGGGUCGGGUGUGGACUGGAAUCUUUUGUAUUUUAAGUUAUUGAAGCACAGAGGGGCAAGCCAAAAGCUCUUUUGUUGGAAUAAACAAAUAAAAUGUUUUUUU